CAAAUGCAUCACACAAAUCAUAAAUUCUAAACACACGUCACUCAUGUCAACAAUUUCGAAUACUACGAGUAACAACAUUCACCACUGCUGACAGUAAUUAUUUUAAUUUUUCGGACACCGAUAGAAAAAUGGAUUAUAGCAGCACAAAACGUUUGAAGAUCACACCGAUCGCCAAAGCCAAUUUUUAUGCUGACAUGUACAAAAGGCUUGAGAAAAGUACUAUACCAUUGCCUGAAGUCGAUUUGGACACAGACAUAACCUUCUUUGGUAACGAGCCAGCAAGUGGUGUCAAAUUGGGCUACGAUCAAUUCUUUUCUUUUACCAAAGUACUGCCGCUCUAUGAUAAGCGAAAAGAACGCGAAAAUCGCGGAUUCAUACCAGACACGUGGCUGAACAUUCAUCAACAGGAACAACCGCCAAAACCAGUACCUGCCACUUCGUCACAGUGGUAUGGACGUCGGCCAUCCUACGACUUUGACAGGAAAGCUUAUGGGAGGAAGAAUCAAACCGCAAGCUUUUAUUCAACCCGUGGUGCAUUGCAAACCAGCGGAGAUGUGAAAUACACCGAAGAAAUUUCAGAUAUGAGGCUUUAACAUUAAAACAACAGCAAAUAAAACACAAAAAGAAGGGAAACAGAGCAAAUAAAUUCCCGAAAUGUUUCUAGUGUGAAAUUAAACGUUGAAACGUGAUAAUGCACCAUUCUUGGCCAAAAUUUACAUUUUAUAAUGAA